AUGGUGGUCAGUAUGAUGGACGGUCUAGGAGUCCCAGCAACUGGGAAACAGGUUGAUUCAUCAGUAGCCGAUCAGAGCAGUGAUCAGUGGUCUGACGAUCAGGGAGAUGCCCUGGAAAGAGAUGUUUGGCGACAGCUCUCAUCAAUUUAUCUACGACUUCCCAUUAUUGUUAAUUUCUUACAGUCGCAAGACGAUGGAAAGCGUAGACAAGAAGCACGGCGACUGAUUGAAGAGGCAGUUACGGAUGGCGCGACAUAUAUUGUUGGAUCCGCGGAGGCGUCUACAUCGUCGUCGAAUCUACAGCGGUCUGCCUAUCGGUCCAAUACGUCAAUUAAUGGAUCGAACUCAGAUUUAAGGAAAAUUGAGUUAUACGAAGCCAUCUCGAUUCACACCUUCAAGAAACGCGAUCCUUCUCCGGUUCUCCAGCGGAAACAAUAUGACGCCAUUCCUGGGCAAGGACGGCCGGCACAAAUGGCCAAUGAUCGUUUGAAGCCUCGUGGUGGUGGUGCAGUUCCAUCGGCGUUUGAUCGAGUGAAGAGAUUCGGAAGUAUGCGCAGCCAGGAACUAAAGGAAGCCAUGGCACAAUUUGGACGACAGUAUGGGAAAGACGUCGACGACGUAGAGCACACUACUUUGGAGCAGCAACGGAUCCAGGAACGACUAGGUGAUGUCACUGCGCAAGCAAGUGCUAUCCAGGCGAAAAUCCGAGAAACAGAACAAGGUAGUUCGGAAGAGCAGACGUUAUUGGAGACGUACAUGAAUCUCACUAAUGAGAAGAAUCAUUUGGUCGGGCGACAGGAAUAUUAUAAUAUUAUCGAAAAUAUCAGGGAAAUUAGUCGUCAUAUUGCGAAUCUUAAUGAACAGCUUGAUAACAUGACGAAGAGUACUCCUGAUGAUUAUUUCAAAACGCCAGAGGAAAAGGAUAGGACUGACGCGUUGAUGGAGUCCUACAUGAGUGCAAUACAGAAAAAGGAUGAUCUCAUUCAGAAGUUGUUCGCCACAGAAGAACAAUUAUUAGAAGACGAACAUCGCCUGAAAUCGUUGACUCUUGAACGAGCAAGUAAUUUUGUACGAGGAAAUGACGAGCCGCUGACGGCUAGCAGAAGACUCAUGACCUGGCUCAGAGGAUGA